AUUAUGAGUCAUUGAAAAGAAAAGAGAGAAGCAAGUGGUUAGAGAGAGAGAGAGAAGAAAGGAAGGGUGUUAAGGAGAGGGUGAGAUGCUUUCGUCUAAGCUUGCUCAAACUGGCCUCGUCUAUGCUGUAUUGGGCAGUUGGGGAAUACAAAGAUCUUUGAACAUCUCCUUUACUACAUUUUUGCAACACCUACCUCUUUCUCUCUCUCUCUUCACUCGUCCUAGGUUUGAUUUUCUUCUCUGAAUUCCCAACCUCGCUACCUCCACCACUUCUCCCUUUUUCGCAUCUCCAUUAUUUUAUUCUCAAACCGCGACAACACACCCAUAACACACAACCAGUUUCAAUUUCUUCUGCUCCUGCCAGCCCAAAUUAAAAUUAAAAUAUAAGGGCAACACAAAAGGUUUGGUCUUUUCAUGUGAGACUCAAGACCACAGACCCGGCUCGCUACUUUCCGUUAAUGUUAGAAUGUGGGAUCUCAAUUACUCACCCGAUCAGAGGAAGGACGAGGAAUCCGAAGGGUGUUCUUCCCUCAAGACUUCCGUCUACGGGGACGAUGACAACAUCAAAGGCAAAAGGGUUGGAUCUGUUUCCAAUUCCAGCUCUUCGGCUGUGGUAAUCGAGGACGGAUCAGAAGAAGAGGAGGAGGAGGACGAGGAGGACGAAGAAGGUGGCAGAAGAAGCAUGAAGAAGCGAAGCAGCAAGAUUUUCGGGUUCUCUGUGACCGAAGAUUGUGAGUCCAUGGACAGUGACCACCCACCUGUGACAAGACAGUUUUUUCCGGUGGAGGAGGCUGACGUGGCGGUUGCAUCGGGUGGUGGAAGCUCCACCUUCCCCAGAGCUCACUGGGUAGGUGUGAAAUUUGUCCAAUCAGAAGCACUUGGUGCUGGAAAAUCAGUCGAAGUCUCUCAGCCUAUGAAGAAGAGUCGCCGAGGACCAAGGUCAAGAAGCUCUCAGUAUAGAGGAGUCACCUUUUACAGAAGAACGGGUCGGUGGGAGUCUCAUAUAUGGGAUUGUGGAAAACAAGUGUAUCUAGGUGGAUUUGACACAGCACAUGCGGCUGCUCGGGCCUAUGAUCGUGCGGCCAUCAAGUUCCGAGGAGUGGAGGCCGACAUAAACUUCAAUAUUGAAGAUUAUGAAGACGACCUGAAGCAGAUGAGCAAUCUUACCAAGGAAGAGUUCGUCCACGUGCUUCGCCGACAAAGCACUGGAUUUCCGAGGGGAAGCUCCAAAUAUAGAGGUGUAACUUUGCACAAGUGUGGAAGAUGGGAAGCUCGAAUGGGUCAAUUUUUAGGGAAAAAGUACGUUUAUUUGGGUCUCUUUGACACCGAGAUUGAAGCUGCAAAGGCUUAUGACAAAGCAGCCAUAAAAUGCAAUGGGAAAGAGGCCGUAACCAAUUUUGAUCCCAGCAUAUAUGAGAACGAGCUUAACUCCGGAGCAGAAUCGACAGGUAACGGUGGAGAUCACAAUCUGGAUUUAAGUUUGGGAAGUUCAAGUUCAAAGGGUGGGGGUAACCAAGCGUUGGGGAAUCAUCAUCAUCAUAAUCAUCAUCAUCAUGAACAACAGGUGGGAGGUGAAUCAAAUUGGAGAAAUGGGGGAAGCAAAACGAAGCUGGUGAAUAUACUGCCAAAACCAUGUAAUAGAGGGAACAAGGACACACAGGGAAGGGAUGUGCACGGGGAGAGUGAAGCAUUGAGGAUGCUAAGUCAAACACACCUUCAUUGUCCAGCUUCCAGUGAAAUGCAAAGAUAUGGUCCCUACAGGUCUUCCGGAGGAGAGUCUCAAAUGCAUCAAAAUUUUGCUCCCAUUCACCACCCACCAAAUUUUCAUUUUCCCAGCAGCAGCAGCAGCAGCAUUGGAGGCCGUAUUGGAAGUGAUCUUUCAUUGUCAAUGGCCGAUCAACAACAGUGGCAAUCCGGGCCUCCACAUUAUUUAGCAACUGCUGCAGCAUCAUCAGGAUUCCCACAACAGAUAAGACCCUCUUCUCAAGGUUGGCUGCAGAAAAAUGGGUUCCACACUCUCAUGAGACCCUCAUGACCCUAUAUAGAAAUUUUCUGCCCACCCAGUUUCAUUCAAAUGAUCAUAAUCUGCUCCCUAAGAAUAUCAUCAUCCCCAAAAAAAAAAUAUUAUUUUCUUUUCUUAGCAUGUAAAAAUGGUUGCGGUGUUAGGCCGUGUCCAUGUCCAACCCAGCAACCUCCUUUAGGAAGACCAUAACUUGUUAACUGUUGAGGUGAAAAGAAAGGAUGAAAGAAAAAAAAAAAAAAAAAAAAAAAAGAAUCCAAAUUGGGUACUUAUUACUGGUCUUGGUCUGGGUCAGUCAAACUAACAAACGGACGAAAUCUUUAACUAGAUAUUCUGGGCUCUGACUAAAAUUUUAUGAUCUUGUAUAACUCUGAUUUAUUGCUUUUCUGCGUUGUGGUAUUUAUGACAGCACCUAUUCGUUUCUUAA